GGAGUUAAUGAUUUAUGGGUCAGCUGGCAUGACCCCAGUUUCUGCAGAAUUCUGCAGAAAGCUUUUCUCCAUGGAGCCAUAGCUGAGCAUGUGGGUGGAUCAUGACUCCUCCUUUAGCUGUGCCUGGAGCCAGGGGACUGGAUGGGAACAGUCACUGCUUUGUCUUGGAAGUGCUGAACGCUCCAGGUCUCCAUCUCCUGCCUCCUGACCACCAGAGAUUUGACCCAGGGAAAGAAUGUGGUAACAUCUGUGGGAUCUCCAGACAGGAAUAAACAUGUCAGCUCUGGAGCCGGGGAGGCAGCGGGAUCGCGCUGCCGUCCUUGGGUCCCUCCUCACUGCUGCUCUCAUUGUGACUGUCCACAGUCUCUGCGAUGCUCCGCCCGUCUCCAGUCUGCAGAGCUCAAGGAGCAGUAUCAGAGCACUGCCUCAUUUCCCCACAAUUCCAGGGUGGAAUAUGUCUGUCGUCCAGGUUAUAUGAGAAAUAAUCAUGUCAGCAAUGUCCUUGUUUGUGGACUAAGUGGAAGGUGGCACGGAUCAAGGGACAUGUGUACAGCCAAGCACUGCACCUACCCCGGGGAGCCACCCAAUGGCAGACUCGUCCUGGGAGAGGACCUCAGUUUGGGUUCUUCAGUGAACUUCACCUGCAACACUGGGUACAGACUGCUUGGAAAUUCUAUUAUUACUUGUGUGAUUAAAAAUGGGGCUGUUACGUGGGACACAGAUAUUCCCAUGUGUGAGGUGAUACCAUGUGAACCCCCUCAAAUAGCUGAUGGGGAGCACAGUGGGGCUGACAAGGAGCUCUUUGUGUACGGAGAGUCCGUCACGUACCGGUGCCGAAGUGCCAGGAGGGCAGAGAGACCUUUAUCCCUGGUGGGAGAAGCCUCUAUUUUCUGCACAACCACGGACAAUGUCAAUGGUGUGUGGAGCAGUCCAGCCCCAGAAUGCAAAGUGGUGACCUGUGAGCCUCCAAGGGUGGCGAAUGGGAAGCUGCUGAGUGGGUACAGGUCUGAGUACACCUACGGAGACACCGUCGUGUUCGACUGUAACUUCCGCUACACCUUGAACGGCAGCGACGCCUCCACGUGCAGGGACAACAACUUCUGGGACCCCCCCCUGCCACUCUGCCAGCUCAGUAGCUGCAAUGACCCUCCAGAUGUGUAUAAUGCUGUUAAAGCCAGACUUGCUGGCAAUCUGUUCCCUGUGGACACUGUGGUCACCUACGAGUGCCUGGAGGGCCAUCAGUUCAGCGCGGGAGAAACCACGCGGAACAUCCGCUGCCGGCACUUCACGUGGGCUGAAAUCCCUCCACCAUGUGAAAGAAUUCGUUGCCCAGAUCCACGCAUCCCAAACAGAAAGUACACAUGGUACGAGAGAGACAAUUAUGUGUAUGAAAACACACUGGAAGUUACGUGCAAAGAUGGGUUUGCCUUCAAAGGUCGUGGCAGCAGCAUCACACUUCGGUGUAUGAGUGAUGGUAGAUGGGAUCCAGAGCCACCAGAGUGCAUUCCAGAACCUCGGUGCCCAAAGCCAGACAUUCUUCACGGAGUAGAGGUUCAUAAAAGCAGUGACUACACAGUGGGGACCCAAGUGCAGCUGGCUUGUGAUGAGGGCUUUUCCCUCUGGGGCCCGGACUCGACCGAGUGUCAGGCUGAUGCAACCUGGGCUCCUACCUUGCCCUUUUGCCUGUGGCCCCCUCCAAAAAUCUCCAAUGGGCAGCACAAUGGCAUGGGUAGUAAGAAGUUCUACUACGGUGCCAACGUGACCUACACCUGUUCAAAGGGUCUGUCCCUCAUCGGGGACAAAUCCAUCUACUGCACCUCUGAUGAUGGGGAGAACCUGACGUGGAGUGGAUCUGCCCCAGAGUGCAGGGCGGUUCGGUGCCCCAAGCCCGUGGUCGAGGGAAGGAUGACCCCCCAGAAGUUCACCUUUCCCUAUGGGGUGGUGCUGCGGUUCUCCUGUGAUGAAGGCUUCGCCCUGAGUGGUGCUGCAGAGAGUCAGUGCCAGGCUGAUGGCAGCUGGCACCCUCCUGUGCCCACCUGCCAGCCAGUUCGGUGUUACAGACCCUCGUGGGACCAGGACUUAGUGUUGCAGCGGAACAAAUUGUGGUAUGAGGUGAAUGAAACUCUGUCCUUCUCCUGCAAACGUAACGGACGGUCAGGGCUGCCUUCAAAACUACCUGCUCAGCUGAUGGCACCUGGGUACCACCUCUCACUGUGUAAGUACCACCAACCUGCCCAGCUUUUCCUGUAUGUUGCCCCAUUUAUAGUCUGGACUUUCGAGUGUGGAAUUCCUCUGACAGAACUGAAAACCCUGCUGGAAGUCCAGAAACUCUACCUGGAGAUCCAGAAACUUGAAAGGGAGCUAGAAAUCAGAGCAUACAGCUGACUGGUGUCACUGGUAUUGUAGCAACUGUCCUGUGCGUGUUCAAUAGUGAUGCUGACUGAGGAUUUUUAUGAUUUUGUAAUUUGUGCUAAUACUUAAGUAGCCAAAAGAAUUUUGCAAUCGCCACAGAACAGAUUUGGUCACGUGAGGAGUCAAAGUGACUUCUGACUCAUUCUGUAAGAGCUCAGGGGGUUAAGUUUGUACAUCACUUCAUACCUUUGAAAGCUUUACAUCUGUUUGCUGCACUUGGCAAUGCACAGUUAGAAAGCAACUGAGUGGAAAGUAAAUUGUUGUGUGGUACAAACAGGCAUGGGAGUCACCAACCCUCACUCACCUCACAGCUGCUGCACCUCUUUAGCCCAGCAUAGCCCAGUGCUGCCCAGUUUAUCCACUAUGCAUUCACUCACCACUUCACUGCAUUGUUAGUUUGCUUGUGACCAAGAGAACUUCAAAGCCUGUCUUAUAGCAAAACUAAAAUGCCAGGUUUUCUCAAGCAGGACAGAUGGAUCCAAGGACACGGCAGUGCCACAUUUCUGUGUGUGCACCAAGAGCAAAAGAAAGUGUAAAGGAAAAAAAAAAAGGCUGGUUUUUUUUUUUUUUCCUGCAACAUCCAGUAGAGGGGAAGUGCUGUGUAGACCGUGUGUCUUGUGAUGGGACCAGGACUCCUUCACCACAAGGUUAUAAAAACUGCAAUUGCAAUGACA